ACAGAAUCGCAAGUUGAUAAGAAAAAAGUCUUCCCGAUAGAUAAGAGUUAUUUAUACUUUACUCUCAAUGUUUUGAGCUGUCUCGGUAUAUGGAACCCAUCCAUGGAGAAAGGGCGCAAGUACUGGCUCUAUCAAGCUUACACAAUGUACUAUGUCAUCGUCAUAAUGAUGCUGAGGAUAUUAACAGUAUUGGUGCGAGCACUCAAUACAACGAAUUCAACUGAAUUCUCACAGGAGUUCUCGCUGCUAGUAGUCUUGAUCUGUGAUGCUGCCAAAGGUUUGACAUUCGUAUUUCAUCGCUCUGAUGUUCUGAAGAUUCUUGAUAUAUUUAAUUGGGAGAGACACAUUUUAGGAACCGAACAAAUUAGACAUUAUAGAAACAAAGUGAUAACAACUGCAAUGCUGGCGUCAAAGAUAUUCACUAUUGCCGUUGCAAUUAUUCUCACGCAGUACUUCGUAUUUUACUUUUACGUUAUUUGGAAAUACUCGGAUUAUGACAUCCAUAACUUGCCAAUAGGUUCACCACCCCUGAAAUAUUGUUUCAUCUUAACAAAUUACUGGGUCGCCAUCAGCAUUGAUUUCGUAAUAUUCACUUCAUUAGGAUUAAACGCAGUGUGUCAUGACGCUUUCAUCAUGGGUGUCUUAAUAAAUCUGAUGGGCCAGUUGAAGAUCCUCAAUUACCGUGUGGAGAGGAGCUCCAUGACGACUCUGAGCAAGUGCUCCGACGAAGAAAUUGAAGAGAACUCCAGAGUGACUCAGUUCGAAUGUGCGGAGAGAAACAGCAGUGAUGAGUCCACAAUACUUGACCCUAAUGAGGAGCUCAUCAACUGCAUCAGGCAUCAUCAGCAGAUCUUGAAGAUUUUGGACAUAUUCAAACAUAUUUACAACAAAGUACUCUUACCUCAACUAUCCAUCAGCUUAUUGUUGAUCAUUGUUUGCGGGUUGCAGAUGAUUCUGAUCAAAGAAGGAGGAAGUCUUGAUGGUACACUAGUCGCUCUAGGAUUCAUGCUAUCAGCUGUUCUUCAACUCUUCGCUUUCUGCUGGGGCGGCAAUAUCAUUCUCGUUGAGAGUGACAAAACCAGUUUCUCCAUUUAUUCGUCCCAGUGGUACAACCAAGACACCAAGUACAAAAUGAAUAUCAAAAUAUUUCUCAGUCUUGUGAGGAAUCCAUUGGUGGUCAGUGCAGGUGGACUCUUUGACCUAUCAGCUGUCACCUUCAAGAAUAUUCUAGCCAAAGCUUAUUCUGGAGUUGCAGUAUUGCAGAACAUGGAGGAUUAGCACAUCGGAUUCAAUCCGCCAUAGUCAAUUUUUAGAUUUACUAAUUCCUCGUUGAUCUUGUUCGAUCAAUACGACAAGUGAAUAUUAUGUUGCUCAAUUGUAUGAUGGGAUACUGUGAAUAAAUUCCGGGUAUGGAUUCGUGUGAUCAUGGUUUGAAGUUUUCUGAUAUCAAACUGGCUGUCAAAUUUGUCUAUCACUCAAAUUCCAACACACUACAGCUAGAUAUUGACCCUCUGCUGCCAGAUUCUGACUAUACUCUAUCUAGUUAAGUGUCUUCAUUUCUAAUUCAUCGACUACUCAUUCCGAAUUCAUGGAAUAUAAUGCCAUGAAAAAAAAACACGCGAUAUGGAAUAAUAAAUGGUAGAGUUUUAGUU